GUACAUGUCUCUAAUCCAUUUCCAUAAAUGAGAGUAUAUUCUCCACAUCACUUUACAGUCAGCAGUCCCACCACCCAAAUCAAAUGAAUAAAGAAACAAUUAAAGCAAUCUCUUCAAAAUCUAUUAUUCUUUUUGUAAACACCCCAUGAAUUGUUGCUUUCUUAAUUUUCAUUCUACAAUUUGUAUGGAUAUUUAAUUUAAUUUAAACGUCUCUCUAUAAAAUCAUUACAACUUUCGCACAAACUCCACUCCAAUUCAAUUAAAAGCGUGAUUCUCAAAGCUGCCAUCUUUCUAUAGAAGAUGGCUUUACAAAGAAUUUUGAGGGAGAAAUGCUUGCAAAAAUGCAGAAAUCAGUACUCUCUCUCCUCGGGAUUCGCCACUCUUUCUACUUCUUCUUCUUCAUCAUUGGAACCUCCAAAAAUCCCUGAAUUUGAUUACCAACCUAAGCCUUAUACAGGGCAAUUAGCUGAUGAAGUUUUUCAGAAGCGCAAAAAAUAUCUGGGUCCUUCUCUUUUUCACUAUUAUCAAAAGCCACUGAAUAUUGUGGAGGGAAAGAUGCAGUAUUUGUUUGAUGAGACGGGUAGACGCUAUCUUGAUGCAUUUGCCGGGAUUGUGACUGUGUCUUGUGGCCACUGCCACCCUGAUAUAUUGAAUGCUGUAAUAGAGCAAAGUAAACUUCUUCAGCAUGCGACAACUAUAUAUUUGCACCAUGCCAUAGCUGACUUUGCAGAGGCUUUGGCAUCGAAAAUGCCCGGAAAUCUAAAGGUUGUCUAUUUCGUCAACUCUGGGACAGAAGCAAAUGAAUUGGCUACAUUGAUGGCAAAGCUUUAUACUGGUAAUCAUGGCAUGAUUUCAUUGAGAAAUGCAUACCAUGGUGGAAGUAGUAAUACCAUUGGAUUGACGGCUUUAAAUACAUGGAAAUAUUCAAUACCACAGGGUGAUAUUCAUCAUGUGAUCAAUCCAGAUCCCUACCGUGGUGUUUUUGGUUCAGAUGCGAAAGCUUAUGCAAGGGAUGUUCAAGAUUACAUUGAUUAUGGCACAUCUGGGAAAAUAGCAGGCUUCAUUGCUGAAACAAUUCAGGGUGUUGGAGGAGCAGUUGAAUUAGCUCCUGGAUAUUUGAAGCUGGUGUAUGAUAUGGUACGUAAGGCUGGAGGAGUCUGCAUUGCUGAUGAAGUUCAAACUGGAUUUGGUAGAACAGGGAGCAAGUAUUGGGGCUUUGAAACACAAGGCGUUAUUCCUGAUAUAGUGACAAUGGCCAAGGGAAUUGGCAAUGGCCUACCCCUUGGAGCAGUGGUGACCACACCUGAGAUUGCUAGCGUAUUGGCUCAGAAAAUUCAAUUUAACACUUAUGGAGGAAACCCGGUGUGCUCUGCAGGUGGUCUUGCAGUCCUGAGGGUAAUUGAUAAAGAAAAGCGUCAACAACACUGUGCUGAUGUAGGGACCCAUUUGAUUGAUCGAUUGAAACUUCUGCAGCAGAAGCAUGAUAUCAUCGGAGAUGUGAGGGGAAGAGGUUUGAUGGUGGGAGUCGAAUUGGUCACCGACAGGAAAGAGAAAACUCCUGCUAAGGCAGAAACUGGAGUUCUGUUUGAGAAAAUGAGAGAGCUCGGUGUUCUUGUCGGCAAAGGUGGUCUACAUGGAAAUGUUUUCCGAAUAAAACCUCCAAUGUGCUUCAGCAAAGAUGAUGCAGAUUUUCUUGUUGAUGCUUUGGACUAUUCCAUGUCGAAGCUGUAGAAGGCAGCUUAUAGUUCCGCCUCCCUAAGCAAGCCAUGAUCCAGGGGCUAUUAAAUUUAUGUUCAACUGAUGUUUGUACAUCUUUACUGGGGUUAUGGGUGGGAGUUGUCCGUAGCUUACGGGUUUUUUUAAUUGAAUCCGUGGUUUUUACUUUACCAUAUUGACUGAUGCAUCACAUGUAAUGGCUCAAAUUUGCCUUUCUGAAUACUAGAUAUAUGUGCUUUGAAACAAGCUAAUUUGAUGUGAUUUUUACAGUCAAUCUCUUUCUCCUAUUCUCACUCUGAAAGUAGUUUAUUUUCUGGAUUA